AACUCGUUAGCCUUCUUAUUAUAGCUCAGUGUAGCUGGCUCACAUAUCUAGCAGACGGAUGGCUAGUUUGCUCAACUUGUUUAAUUAAAGUGAUGUCAGUAGCUAGCUACCUAGCUAGUCGUUUGGCUGACCAUUUUACAUUAUGUACAGGUAGUUCACCCCGUAGCUACACCAUCCACUAGCGGUUUGCGUUCUGCCAGCCACCGAAUUAGACAUAAUUUUUACGUAGUGUAUUGCUGCUGUCCACGUUGGAUACAUUUCGUAAUUCCAGAGUGACUUUGACGAGCUGGCUCGGCUAACGCAAAGAGCAUCUCGCCUCUACCUCUCUGGCUGUUACAGACUAGUGGCAAGAGAGUUUCCGUCGUGACAAUCGCAGCUGCUUGUUGUGUGCAAGCUGCUAACAUAAUUAAUUUAGCGGUACAGUAGCGUUGUUGGAGCAAGAAACUAAAAAGAGGAACCAGGUUUUCUUUGUACUUCCUAUUUGCUCCUUGCCAAACUGAUCUGUAUAUAUUUUUUUAAUGAGUAAAUAAACAGACUCACCGAUUUCAUUGACAUUUUUAUCUCUGCAAGGAUGUCUAAACGAUUAAGGAAUAGUGAGCUAUGCGCGGAUUGCAGUGUGCCAGAGCCUCGUUGGGCUUCUGUGAACAGGGGCGUGUUGAUCUGCGACGAGUGCUGUAGUGUUCAUCGGAGUCUGGGCAGACACAGCUCCCAAGUGCGUCACCUGACUCACACACCAUGGGCUCCUACACAGCUACAGAUGGUUCAGAUGUUAUACAACAACAGUGCAAAUUCGAUAUGGGAACACUCUCUACUGGACCCAGCAUCUGUGAUGAGUGGGAAACGCAAGGCCAACCCUCAGGACAAAGUACACCCAAAUAAGACAGAGUUCAUAAAGGCCAAAUACCAAAUGCUGGCUUUUGUCCACCGGAUGCCUUGUCGAGAUGACGACAGCUUCACUGCCAAGGACUUAAGCAAGCAACUUCACUCCAGUGUCCGAACUGGUAACCUGGAGACAUGUCUGAGGUUACUCUCUCUGGGAGCCCAGGCCAACUUCUUUCACCCAGAAAAAGGGAAUACGCCGCUGCAUGUGGCUGCCAAGGCAGGCCAGGUGUUUCAGGCCGAGCUGCUGACCGUCUACGGGGCCGACCCCGGCGCCCCCGACACCAGCGCCAAGACUCCCAUUGACUAUGCAAGGCAAGCUGGCUACCAUGACCUGGCUGAUAGGCUGGUGGAGAUUCAGUAUGAACUUACCGACAGACUGGCUUUCUAUCUCUGUGGAAGAAAGCCUGAUCAUAAAAAUGGCCAACACUUCAUCGUCCCACAGAUGGCCGACAGCAGUUUAGAUUUAUCAGAACUGGCAAAGGCAGCAAAGAAGAAACUCCAGUCUCUCAGUAAUCAUUUGUUUGAGGAGCUGGCGAUGGACGUGUAUGACGAGGUGGACAGACGGGAGACGGAUGCAGUAUGGCUGGCGACACAGAACCACAGCACGCUGGUGACAGACACCACCGUGGUGCCUUUCCUUCCUGUGAACCCAGAGUACUCAUCAACACGAAACCAGGGACGGCAAAAACUUGCGAGAUUCAAUGCACAUGAAUUUGCAACACUUGUCAUCGACAUAUUAAGUGACGCGAAGCGUCGACAGCUGGGAAACUCUACGAUGAGUCCCAAAGAAAACGUUGAACUUAUCCUAAAAAGCGUGAGCAUCCGGCGCGGCAGUGAGGGUCUGGACAAUGACCAGCCGGACUACGACAGUGUGGCCUCUGACGAGGACACUGAUCAGGAGCCACCCUCGGGCAAGGACCGGACCAAGAGUCUGGACUCGGACCUGUCAGAUGGACCUGUCACGGUGCAGGAGUUCCUGGAGGUGAAGCACGCCCUGUCUGCCUCGGAGGCCAAGAUCAAGCAGCUGAUGAAGGUCAACAGCAACUUAAGUGGAGAACUGCGACUGAUGCAGAAAAAGCUGCAUUCUCUGCAAAGCGAGAACACGUCUCUCAGGCGACAGGGCCCAACCACCCAUAUCUAUCAGGUCCCCAUCAGCAGUGGGUCAGAGUACACUGACCCUCCUUCCUCCAGCCCCUCGGCCAUGAAGCGCCGGCAGUCAGCGCGGGCCAGCCGGCCCAUGUCCAUGUCUAUUUAUGAGACUGGCUCAGGCCUGAAGCCCUACCUCCCCAAGGGGGAGACCCCCUACCCAGAGGAGGGUAUCCCCACCCUGCAACCCUUCCUCCCACCUCAUGCCUCCAAGAUGGAGAAACAGAGCAGCAUGUCAGACGGUGACUAUGACAACACAACCAAUGACUCUGAGUUGGAGGACUCAGGUGUGGGCAGGAGGGGGAGGCUUAGGAGCAGUGGCUGGCUUGGGGAGGGCAGCUCCAUCCCUGAACUGGAUGAUCUUGAAGCCGAGCCAGACUCUGCGCUCCCCAGCACCGAGGAUGUCAUUCGCAAGACAGAGCAGAUCACAAAGAACAUCCAGGAUCUGCUCCGCGCUGCACAGGAGAACAAGCAUGACAGCAGACCUUGUGAGGGUGUCCGCCGGCUCAGGCACAGUCUAGGCUGUUUCAGCAGCCUGGUGCCCUGGGCCGAGAAGGCCCCCUCUCCCCUGCAGCCCCUCAACCUGCGCUCCCUCGAUCCUGCCGCCUGCUUUAUACCCUGCUCCGAAAGAAUACAUGUGGCUGUGACGGAAAUGGCUGCCCUCUUUCCCAAGAGACCACGUUCGGAGACAGUGCGAGGUCCCCUGCGCCUGUUGACGUCCAGCGCCUUCCGGCUCCAGGGAGAGUGUCAGAAGGCAGUGCCCCCAGAGGGAGGUCCAGGGCCUGACAUGCAGCUGGUCACCCAGCAGGUUAUCCAGUGUGCCUAUGACAUCGCCAAGGCGGCCAAGCAGCUUGUCACCAUUACCACCAAGGAGAACAGCAACUGACCAUUAUAACCACUGCCGCCCGUCGCAGGCCUUUUAGAUAUCUUGAAGGCCCGAAAUGUCUCCACGUGUUGUUCAUCCUUUAACUUUGUUGUAGAAAAUCUAUAUAUAAAAAAAACAUUUUAUUUCUGUUUUUAAAUGUGUAUGUGAUAUUUGCAUGUCAUUUUUUAUUUAAAGACAAAUGUACCCAAUUAUAAAGAGUGUUGAAGUUAAAACAUUGGGACAAAAAGACAACUUGAGCUAUGGGAAAGUGUCCGGAGCUCUACUAACUGCAAGGGAGAGGCUGUACUAGUAGAUUUAUUUCUAUGGACUUGAUUUGUCGUGAGCUACUUCAGGAAUCUACAGUACAGCCAGAUACUGACAAGAUGAUUGUGGAGAUCCUUCGUCGCUAAUGUGCAGUUUCUAAACCGCACUUCUUGAUAGUUUCUUUUUUUUGUGGUUCUAGAUAUGUCUUCCUCGCCCACAAAGACUCCCAACUAUCGCAUAUACCCUCCUUAAGGCUUGUCAUCCACUUUGAUGCUCCUUAUCUGAACCAGGAGUCUCAAACCGGCGGUCCCCAGUCCAGCUUGCGGCCUGGAAGUGAAUUUAAGAA